CCAGCCUAUAAGUACCGCGAGCUGAGCAGAACUCCCCUAGCUAGUCCAUCGAUCAGCUAAGCUAUAUAAGCUAGCUUCACGACACCAUCAUAUCGUCAAUGGGAUUGGAAGCUUCCUCCUCCCCAAGCUCCCUUAAACCCUACGCCGCCGACGACACUUGCCCCAUGGGCACAGGAGGAGCAACCAAGCCGGAAGCGCGGUUCGCGAUACUGACGCGCUUCCACGCGGGUUACUUCCGCAUCAGCCUUGCGCUCAGCGGGCAGGCCCUGCUUUGGCGUACGCUGAGCGACUCCUCCACGGACCCGCGGCCCCUGGCACGGUCGCUGCCGUCCGCCGCCUUCCUGCUGCUCUGGUCGCUGGCGCUGCUCGCCCUGCUCGCUCUCUGCGCGCUCUACGCUGCGCGCUGCCUCCUCCGCUUCCCCGCCGUGCGCGCCGAGUUCCGCCACCACGUCGCCAUGAAUUACCUGUUCGCGCCCUGGAUCUCGUGGCUGCUGCUGCUGCAGUCCACGCCCUUCCUGCGCCCCGACGCGCCGCUCUACCACCUGCUGUGGUGGGCCUUCUCGUUGCCCAUCCUCGUGCUCGACGUCAAGAUCUACGGCCAGUGGUUCACGCGGGGCAGGAAGUUCCUGUCCAUGGUGGCCAACCCGGCUAGCCACAUCACGAUCAUCGGCAACCUGGUCACGGCGAGGGCGGCGGCCAAGAUGGGGUGGCACGAGGCCGCCGUGGCCAUAUUCUCUGUCGGCGCCGCGCACUACCUCGUGCUGUUCGUCACGCUCUACCAGAGGUUCCUCGGCUCCGACUCGCUGCCGGCCAUGCUGCGCCCGGUGUUCUUCCUCUUCUUCGCCGCGCCCAGCAUGGCGUCGCUCGCGUGGGACGCCAUAUCGUCCUCCUUCGACACCGGCUGCAAGAUGCUCUUCUUCCUCUCCCUCUUCCUCUUCGCCUCGCUGGUGUCCCGUCCGACGCUGUUCAAGCGGGCGAUGCGUCGGUUCAGCGUGGCGUGGUGGGCCUACUCGUUCCCGCUAACGGUGCUGGCGCUGGCGGCCGCCGAGUACGCGCGGGAGGUGAGGGAGGCGGCGGCCAACGUGCUGAUGCUGGCGCUCGCCGUGCUGUCCGUGGCCGUCACCCUGGCGCUCAUGGUCUUCACCGCCCUGCGCACCGGCGACCUGCUGCCGCACGACGACCCCUUCGACUGCCCGCUGCUAGCUCCUCCUCUCGUGCGCUAGACAGAUCCAGUAAUAAAUUGAUGUCCAGAUGGUUUCUUCUGAUCAUUAUAUUAAUUAUAGCAUGAUAUCAUCUAUGUGUGUGCAUGCAUGUACGCGUGUAGAUA